AGAAGAAAAACAAGCAGCUGAUCUUAUCUUUAGCAAAAGAUAACCUCCAAAAAAGUGCAAUGAUCGCAAUGACUCAUCAACAAUCAUCCCGAGCAAACUCUCGUAUAAAUCAAUAUGAAGAAUUGAAUGGAAUAUCGAUGACAAAUGGCGGUAUGAAUGGUAGCGCUUCAGGUGCCGGUACAACAGGAACAGGAGUACCAAGUUCAUCACCAGGAGUAGGCGCAGGAACAACCGCAAGUUCAAAUACUUCUGAGAAAAUUAUACAGGAGGCGCCACACCGCGACGAUACUUCGAAGACACAAGCUCGAGGGAUUGGAUCGGCAGCAAAGACCGUCGGUAGCUCGUCGGAGAACGCCGUCGUGGAGAAACACGUUAUUGACGACGACUCUGACGAGGAGGAGGAGGAGGAAGAAGAGGACGACGAGGACGAGGACGAGCGCGAAGAGGAUCGGAUUGAGGAGGACGAGGACGAGGAAGACGAGGUAGUGAGAGAGAUACGACGUGACGGCCAACCGGAGCCCAGGCCAAAGAGCCGACACGACUCGAUUGCUAAUACUACUGUCACUACUACUACCAGGUACAAUAAUCUUGGAUACUGGAGGGCUAGACGCGUCACUUUUUAUAAAAAUGGAGAUCCUUACUUCCCUGGAGUCGAAUUUAGAUUUAAACCUGGACGAGACAUUGGAUCAUUGGAAGCACUUCUCGAUCGACUAUCCUUGCGUCUGGACCUUCCAAGAGGUGCGCGGCACAUAUUUUCAAUGGACGGUGACAGAAAACUCAAUCUCGACGAGCUUGAAGAUGGUGCUUCAUAUGUUGUAUCCAGCUACAAAACAUUCAAGAUUAUU